ACACCCACACUCUAAGUGCAUGCGAGCUAUAACCACACACUAAGAAAGCAGCCAUAGCCUAAAGCAAUCAACCCCAGCUCAUCGUCAUGGCUUCCAUCUCCUCACUCUUCCUAGGCGCCGCCUUCCUCGUUGCCGCCGCGGUCUACUUCCACCGCUACGAUGCCGGAAGCAACGGUGCAGGCGACGCCGCAACCACGCACCUCCACUUCUUCAUGCACGACGACUACACCGGCCCGCGCCCGACCGCCAUGCGCGUCGUGUCCGGCCGCUCCCUGCUAAAAGCCUCGCCGUCCAACGACCACAACGCCACGGCCGGGAGCACGGUGUCGUCGUCGCCGCGCCAGUUCGGGGACGUCGUGGUGCUGAACAACGCCCUGACGGAGGGGCCCCGGGGCGACAGCGCGCGCGUGGGCACGGCGCAGGGGUUCGCGGUGCGCGUGUCGGAGGGCGGGGUCGUGUCGCACCUGACCAUGCACCUGGUUCUGGAGGCCGGCGAGCACCGGGGCAGCUCCGUGACGGCGAACGGGCGCAUCGACAUGGACGCGAUGGUGCGUGAAUCGGUGAUCAUCGGCGGCACCGGCCGGUUCCGGUUCGCGCGCGGGUACAUGCUCACCAGGAACUACGACUACGACCUCGCCAGCGGUGGCGUCGUCGAGAUCGACGUCUACGUGCAGCACUAGCUAGCUUGCCACGGAAUGGCGAAAGCUCGUAUACGCUUGGAGCUUGGUUGAUCUGCGUUCACCAACGUGCUCUCAUAUUGUUCGCAAAAUAUUAUUGUGUGUAAUAUCGUUCACAUGCAUGUUGCUUGUUAUGUAGCAAGCUGUUUGCGUCAUGCAUGUGUAUAUUAGUGGAAGUUGCUGCGCAUGUGUGUUUCUAUGUGAUCAUGGGCGAAUCUUCAGAGGCUCAAGCCCCCCUAUCCACUGUUUGUGAUCUUGAAUGCAUGGUACCAUAUACUUGGUACAUGUCACUUUCAUUUGUCUCCCAAAAUUUUCAACUAUGGGAGUUGCUAUAUUUCAGUCAUCU